UGAUGUUCGGAACAGCUACUGUUUGUUUCAAGGGUUGAAGGCUCCGUUUUUCUUCCUACCGCGCCGGUGGUCUUCUUCCUUUCCUUCGGCAGCACCUAACCCAUCUGUGUCAGCGUCGUCCAAGCAAUCCUUCCCUGUUCGAUCUUGGCCCUCGCUUUCGUCGCUCCUCCGUCCCCCACCUCGGGCCUCUCGAUCCUCGCAUCCCCCAAUGCAACUGCUAGGGGUUCACAUCCAGCCAUGGACUACGUCUACCGUGCUCUUGACAAUGGCUAUAUCCCCGACUUUCUGCUGCGUCUCGCAAUCCGCCACCUAAAUGCUGAGCGCCUCGCCUCGCUCGCGGCGCACGCCAAGACAUACACUUCAGAAGCAGCGUACAAGCGCGCCUACAUCUCCUCGCUCUCUACCAACUUUGAGAACGGCGCCAUCGCGAUCGAGACGGAAAAAGCGAACGCUCAGCACUAUGAAAUCAACACGGACUUUAUGUUGAGUUGCUUGGGUCAACGCGCCAAGUACAGCUGCUGCCUGUAUGAGACGGGUAAGGAGACGCUUGACGAAGCAGAAGAGGCAAUGCUCAACUUGUAUUGCGAAAAAGCCCAGCUGCGCGACGGUCAAGACGUCCUCGACCUCGGCUGCGGCUGGGGUUCGCUGUGCCUGUACCUCGCCGAGCGCUACCCUAACUCGCGCAUCCGCGCCCUGUCCAACUCCAAGACGCAGAAGAUACACAUCGACGGCGUCGCCAAGCAGAAAGGCUUCAAGAACCUCACUGUCUUCACGGGAGACGUUAAGGAAUUCGAGUUUGGCGAGGAUCAUCGCUUUGACCGCGUCCUGAGCAUCGAGAUGUUUGAGCAUAUGAAGAACUACUUGGAACUCUUCGAGAAAGUAUCCCGCUGGCUCAAAUCGCGUUCGAAGAGCGACGACGACUCAUCCAAGCUGUUCAUUCACAUUUUCUGCCACCACAACAUGCCGUACCACUUUGAAGAGUCUGACGGCUGGAUGGCCAAGAACUUCUUCACGGGCGGCACGAUGCCGAGCCAUGAUCUGUUCUUGCACUUCCAGCAGCAUGUCGUGUUGGAAGAUCGCUGGUGGCUCAACGGCACACACUACGCGCGCACCUGUGAGCACUGGCUGCAGCGGCAAGACGCCGCGGCAGCGCGCAAAGGCGGCAGCGGCGGAGCGAUAGACUUCCUGCGCGCUGACGCCGUCGCCAAGGGCGUCCCCGCGUCCGAGGGUGCCAAGACGUUCUGGCGCUUCCGCGUCUUCUACCUCGCCUGUGCCGAGUUCUUCAACACGCCCAACAAGCACGGCGUCAAAGGCGAGGAGUGGGGUGUCGGGCAUUACCUCUUUGCCAAGCGAGAUUGAGGUGGCGCACGUCGAUGACGCUUGUGAAACAGGAAAGGAGUUGUAUAGACGACUCAUGUUUUUUUCUGAUGUCAUCGGAAGUUAACUAGACAUCUGCAUCGUCAAUUUAACCACGCAAAACCUGCGCCACUGGCUCCCAAACGACAGUGCCCUCAGUGCCAACUACAAUGACGAAACCAAGCAGCAGCACACUGUUGUCGAUCAGAGCAACGCAUGUAGACUACAAUCGAGCUCCCCUCAUCACCGACCAAGCAGCAGCAUGGCAUUCAAGAAAUGUCAAUGCCGUCUGCGCUGGACACAGUAACUGGG